AUGGCGCCGCCUAACGAGCCGAAGCCCACGCCCAACACGGCAUCGUCAUCGGCGUCGCCGUGCCUCUUCUCGCUGCGGGACGGCGAGCUCACCGUCGGCGGCGGUGGCAACGACGGCAGCAAGGCCGCCGCCGCGCUCCUCACGGGCGUGCCGGGGAACGUCACGCUCACCCCGUUCGCCGAGGCCUUCGACCCGACCACCAAGGCGGCGUCGGACGCGCCGGAGGAGCUGGCAAGGCAGGCCGCGUCGAACGCGCACCGCGGCGCGUUCCUGGGCUUCGCGCUGCCCGCGGCGGCGAGCCGCGCGCCGUGCAGCGUGGGGCGCCUGCCCGGCCCGCGGCGGUUCCUCAGCGUGUUCCGGUUCAACACGUGCUGGAGCACGGCGUGGGCGGGGCGGCGCGGCCGGGACAGCCAGAUGGAGACGCAGUGGGUGCUCCUCGAGGUGCAAGAGCUCGCCGGCGCCGCCGGCGCGGGGUACGUGUUCGUUCUCCCACUCGUGCAGGGGAGCUUCCGGUCGGCCAUCUUCCCUGAGGAGGACGACGGCGUCGUCAUCUGCGCCGAGAGCGGGUCUGCCUCCGUGACGGCCACGGACUUCCACCGCAUCGCCUACGUGCACGCCGGCGACGACCCCUACAGGGUCAUGCAGGAAGCCUACCUCGCGGCCAGGGUGCACCUCGGCACGUUCAGGUUAAUCCAGGAGAAGGCGUUGCCGCCGAUGGCCGACCGGUUCGGGUGGUGCACGUGGGACGCCUUCUACCUCACCGUCGACCCGGCGGGAGUCUGGCAGGGCGUGUCAGAGUUCGCCGACGCCGGCGUGCCCCCGCGGUUCCUCGUCAUCGACGACGGAUGGCAGAGCCUGAACCGCGACGAUGACCCGCCGCACCAGGACGCGCCGGGACUCGUGCUCGGCGGCGAACAGAUGACCGCGCGCCUGUACCGCUUCGACGAGUGCCCGCGCUUCCGCGGGUACAGGGAGGGCGCCCUGAUCCGCCGCCCGCCGGAACUGUUCUACGACGCGAGCAUGCCCAAGGCCAUCGUGCGCAAGGCCAGGGAGAUCGAGAACGCCGGGAAGGCGAAGAAGAAGGCGGCGCAGGGUGGCGCCACCGAUCUCUCCAGCUUUGACGCCAAGAUCGCGCAGCGCCUGCGACGGCCACGGCGAAUUGCGCUUGAAGGCGUUCCUGAAGGACAUGAGGCGCAGGCGCUGUGCGGCGCGUGGGGCGGGGUGCGCCCCGGAGCGACGCACCUGGACGCGCGAGUCGUGCCGGCGCGGCCGUCGCCAGGGCUGGCAGGCACCAUGGACGACCUCGCCGUGGACCGCAUCCUCGAGGGCGGGAUCGGGCUGGUGCGCCCCGACCAGGCCGGCGACCUCUACGAGUCAAUGCACUCGUACCUCGCCAGCGCGGGCGUCACCGGCGUCAAAGUCGACGUCGUGCAGAUGCUGGAGUACGUCUGCGAGGAGCACGGCGGGCGCGUUGAGGUCGCCAAAGCCUACUACGACGACCUGUCCAGUGCCGGAGUGAAGGAAGAACCGGAGCAGGGAGGCGUAGCCCACGCCCACGGCGGCGGAGGAUCACACGAAGAAGCCACGGCGGCCGAGCAGGCAAGCCAAGCCUUGGAGCGGCCGCGGAUCACCAUCAGCGUCGACGUGAGCCUGCUCCACUGCGCCGUCGCCGAGUGCCACCGCCCCCUCAAGCCUCCCGUAGUCAAGUGCGAGGCCGGGCACCUGCUGUGCGGCGCCUGCCUCGAUGGGGGCCACUGCCGCAAGUGCGACCGCGCCACCGCCUUCGCCCACUGCGGGCCGGAGCUGGACCUAUUCGUCGGCGACGCCAGGGUGCCGUGCCCGUUCAAGUCCUACGGCUGCGGCGCCUCCGUCGCGUACCACGCGACUGCCGCGCACCAGGACGCGUGCGCCUACGCGCCCUGCCACUGCUGUUGA